AUGCUUGAGCUGCUAUCACAAACUACUGGUGAUUACACCGUUACAGAACAGACCCAGCCCUACAUUAGAGAAUUCUGCUUGAGGCAUGGUAACCAGCCUUCCAUGGUGAGCUACCUCGAUCAAACUCUGACAGACAUGGGAAGGUUUUGUACUACAAACACUUCUGACAAAUCGCCAUUUAUAGUAGACACAACGUUCAACAUCUGUGAUUAUUAUUUCACUCAGACCGCAUACAUGAAUUUGUCUGUUGUCCAGAAGCGYACACAAAAGCAUCCAUGGUUUCYAGGUCCACUUCUGGUUCAUCGCUCAAAAAAACAGGAAGUUUUCCAAUAUUUCUGGCAAUCCGURAAACGUGACUGCCCCGCACUCGAGAACAUURCCACGCUUGGUACAGACGAGGACGAGGGGAUGGCUAAUGGUAUACUCUCAGAGACAUGUGACGAGACGGUUCAUUUGCUUGGCCAAGAGCAUGUACGCUUAAACAUCGAAAGAAAAUUGGACGAGCUAAAUUUCCCUAAAGCCCAAAAGCGACUUAUAGUGUCUGACAUCUUCGGUGGAACAGCAGUUAGUGAGGAAGAGUCGCUAUAUGGCAGUUCUUGCCCAACUGAGUUUGACGAAAGAGUAGAAAGAAUGAAAAAACAGUGGGACGAGCUAGAGAGGGCUUCUACCAGAAACAAUCCCCMAAAAUUUGUAAGGUAUUUUGAGACUUACAAAGAAGACAAAAUUAAGAAUUGCAUGUCCAAAUAUGUGAGAGAGCAAGUGGGCAUUGACGGAGUAUAUGGGCAAAAYCCAAUUGAGUGGCUUCACUUUAUGUCCAAGAGUGAAAUCAAUGAAGCUGUGAAGCAAUCUGGGGACACGCAUCGAGAUACAACCCUUACAGCUGCACUAGACGCCCUGAAGGGAAGGAGUAUCCGUUUAUAUUCWGACACUGUUAAAGCYAUCUACGGAGAAGGUCCYUUUAAGUUAUCAGGUCCUUUCCAGCGAUACUACAAGUCUUAUGACGAAUGGAAAGACAUGAGCAAAGACGAGAAAGCAGAGCACGUGCAGAUGUUCUUAACUGCAAACCCUCUGAAACGGCGAGCACAUCAGGUCCGAAAGAAUGCAGGCAGCUCAAUUCCCAUUCAACUGCCUGAAUCUAACCAUAAUCUUCACUCACUUGAUUUUCCCAAAGCACCUGCAGGCAAAGUGAUCAGCAUAAGUGCAGAAGAAGCUUCUAUUCCAGAAGAAUGUAUCCGGCUCUCCACACUAAGGGAUGUAUUUCACAAAGCAGAGUUCCUUCUUAAUACACCAGGUUCAAUAGCACAGGCUGCAUCUGACGACMACAAAAUGCGUACAGUCAAAAGCAGGAGCGGUGGCAUACCGCUGAUCGUAAAACCACAAAAGAAGGGUAGCAAUUUGUUCAACUGCCAAUGCAGCACGUUCAAAGGYUUGGGUAUCUGUGCGGACACAGUAGCUGUUGCUGAGUCCCAAUCUUUGCUCUUUGAAUACCUUACUGAGUUAAGAAGCAAAUUGUGUAAAGCCCGAGCAAAACCCAGAGGCAAAGGUCGAGGAGAUGUUAACAUAACAGCUGCAAUAGAGACUGGUCUAAAAAUCUCAGAAACAGGUCUCAAGCCAAAUGACGCCAAAAAGGUGGCACAUAGGCGUGCCGCAAGUAACACUCCUACGCAAUCGAUCGCUUGCAAUGCCCCACCGUUGCAGCAGCCAUUACAGACGCAUCAAAUACUGCAACCUAUGCAGCAACCCAUACAGCAACCAGUGCAACAACCCAUACAGCAACCUAUGCAGUCAAUGACCAGUCACCACACCCCUCAGCAAAUACCUCAAGGUGCUUUACCAAUACACACCAUGUAUCAAGCGCCACAGAGUCCCUGGGCAAUGCCCCCAAUGAAUUUUCAAUGGCAAAGUAAUGGGAUGACAGCAAGCCAGCCGACUAUGACGAAUCAGCAGUGGAAUGCAGGGAUGUCUCCACACCCAUACACACUUUGCGAACUCCCCAACGCUGCCAGAAAGUGCUAUGGAUGUGGAGAAGAGUUUGCAGCAAAAUACAGAUCGCCUCCGUACAAUAUCGUUGUAAGGCACGUGGACCGCCGCAUUCAAAGGCGUGAUGAAAACACAGGACUUUUUAUUUACAGCUCUGAUUUUACAAACACGUACUACCACCCAAUAUGCAGUCAUAUCACUAGGAAAAACCCCAUGUUUCAGAAGAGCGUCCAGAUCGACCUCCAGAGGUACAAUGGCUUCUCGCUAAGACAGCAACUGCAUACUGCCUCUUUCGAUUUCGAUAUAAAGUAUAUUUGAUUAUUUUUUGUUCUUUUUUUUGUUUGCUCAUUUGAUGAUUAAGAGAGAAGUAUAUAGAGUUUAAACGCCGCAUAUGGAAAUGUUUCUCGGUCCUUUUUACACAUAUAUAUAUAUAAUGUUUUAGUAUGAGAACAAUGUAAGCUUUCCUGUUCUUGAUCCAGGAAAAUGUAGAAAUUGAUUUUAGUAAUGAAAACUGAAAAAAAAACUAUUUCAAAAAAGGUUGUCAGGUAAAAUGGCCAAUGUCAAUUGUCUAUUUGUAAGGGGCAAUUUAUCGCUCUACUUAAAUAGAUCUUAGUUUACCUAUAGAGUUCUCGCUUUCCUCGAAGCCGAGGCAUUUUAUCCUUUAGGUAGAUAUCGAGUCUGGUUAUCUCUAGACAAMUUUUCCUUCUCAUUGGGUUUCUUGGUGGGCCGAGGUUUAUUUAAUUACAUCAGCCUAUUUUUAGGUUUCUGCAGUGUUUUGUAGUUUCCGAGCUGUUGAUUAAAUGAACUUCCUUUCCCCAAUGAGGAGACCUAGUUGUUUUUGUAUUAUAAAUUUGCGUAGAAUUAGUUUCUUUUAAGCUAUGAUUUGUUCAUGUUUUACUAGAGAUGUUGCACGGCAUUUUAAGUGCAGUCAUAAAUAAAUAAACUUCCUUCCCAAAUUAUACCCAAUAAGUAUAAAAUGCAUGAUUAAAAGAAGUGUUGGGAUAAAAA